AUGAUCAAGAAUGGUGGUGACAGUGACAGUGCACAAAACUUGUAUCUGAAUGUCAACCUCUCAGCGAACAAGCUCAUGCGAGAACAAUCGAAACUGCUCAAAGGGAGACAGAUCAUCGCCGCGAUGUACGAAAGCUUCAGGACCCGUGAUCGACUGGACAUGGUUGUGUCACUUGACUUCCUCAUCAAGUUGCAAUAUCAAGGUGACCAGAAGAUGAACGUGUUCAAGCAAGCGUGGUUGGAGAUCAUUGAUCGAAUGCGACCUGAAGACGUUCCAUCUGAUACCGCAUUGAGAGAUACACUCUAUUCAAAGAUCAAGGAAUCACCGGCAUUGAAGCAGGAGCUUUGCGCGCAUUACGACAUGCUGAACUACGAUGAUCCGGAACGUUCCUACCAGAAGCUUCUCCACAUUAUGAACAGAUGUAUUCGGAGGAAUCGAGAGAACAGGAAUCAACAGCAAAUCAGUUCUGGUCUCAACUUGAUGGUGGCCGGCAAGGACGCAAUGUCUGCUCUCCCGGCGAAAGUCAAAGGAGGUGGGAAAGGCAAUGGCACUCCAUCCGACAAGAAGGGCAACAAGACAGACAAUGAGAAUGCUGCCCCAGUUCUUCCUCAAACUAAAGCCAAGACACAUUCCAAAGCCAAGGCGAAAGGUAAGCCAGAAACAGGCAAACAAAGGGAAAGAUCUGAAUCUACGGAUGGCAGGCCAAACAUGAAGCCCGUCAGAUGCAAGUUCUUCUUCUCCGAACAUGGCGAAUGCAAGAACGGGGACAGGACGAAGCAGCGCUCCUGGCCGAAGAAGAACACCUGGGAACAGCCCUUCAUCCGACAACAAGCAAAAGCUGUACGCAAGAAAGCACAUGCUGAGGAUGAUGAGGAAUUUGAGUGUUCAUUUAUCGACAGCGAUAUCGAUUCGGACUGUGCUACGGAUGAUGAGCGGGAUGGAUCGACUUGGUCGGCCAAACCGAAAAUGGACAAACGGAUCACUUUCGCUGCAGAUGUCAAUGCGAAGAAACUCAUCGAGAGCGAGAAUCGAGCAAACGAACUUGGAUUCGCAAUGCACAAGGCUCGCUUUAAGGCGCAGCUGAUGAUCGACAUGGUGUCAGACGACAAACCAGGUGAUCGACGUAUGUGUGUCCGAGUUCCCGAGACAGACAAGGUCAAACAGAUCAUAUUCUUCGACGGCGAGGACGAAAUUGUGGAGAUGAAGGUCAAUUCCAAGAAAAGCAAAGGACUAAAAGUCUUUGAGGAAGUCGCAUGUAUGGUUCAGCCUACAUGGAUGCGGUCCAAGAUCAAGUUCCUUAUGGACGCAGGCUGUGGACAUGACCUCAUAUCUCAGCGCAAAGUCGAGAAGCAUGGUCUAGAGACGCUUGUCAGCCCAGAGAACGGAGUAUCAUUCCAAACAGCGAAUGGCAUCACGGCCACGGACCUGAUAUCCAAUUUCAGGACGAAAUCAGUCGCAGAAACGAUCAACGCCUAUGUUCUCGAUGAUACGCCAUCAGUUCUUUCGGUGGGAAAGAGAUGUAUGCAACAAGGAUAUGGUUUUGUGUGGCCACCCGGCAAAGAUCCAUUCAUGAUCAAUCCGGAUGGAAAGCGAAUAUCUCUCUUUGUCCAUGGCGACAUCCCUUACGUUCGUGCAGGAAGUCAAAAGUCAGGACCACGCGAAGAUGAGAUUGCGACCAACGUCAAAGCUAUAUUCGACAAAAUUGGUGAGGAUGGAUCGCUAUCCAGCGUGGUGGCAGAUGCUGCCACCGCCACAGCGACACCAAGAGAGGAUGCUGAGGGUCCACCUGAAGAUGAACUAGAAGGACCUCCUGAUGAUGAGAUAUCAGCAGAUGAAGCUCCUGACGAAGAAGUGCCGUUGGCGGAAGCAGGAAGACCUCCAGAACCACCAGACGGAGAGCGUGAAAACGAGGCAGAAGACGAAAGAGAGAUCGAGGUUGAAGGCGAAGGAGCACCUACUCGCAAAGCGAUCAUUGGCACUCUGAAAGCGGAAGCCAAGACUCUCGCGCAUCUUUGCACUCACCGAUAUCGAAAUCCGUACUGUGAAGCAUGCGUUCGAGCAAACCGAACGGAACGUGGAGCUUUCAAGAGGGAAUUGAAGCCAUGGGGGGACUUGAUCACCUUCGAUUUCCUUGACGUGCGCAAAGCGGCUGACAUGGGCAUGGGCAACGACGAUGAAGAUCGGGAGAUUUUAGUUGUGCGCAGCGUGGCAACCAAGGUCAUCGUCGCAAUCCCAACGAAGAACCGGUGCACAGAAGACGUCGUAGACGCUUUGAGAAGAUUGAUCGGAAGACGGAAGGUGAAGCUUGCCUACAGCGACGCUGCGCCCGAGUUCGAUGCAGCAAGCAACUCCGAAUUCCUGUUGAUCAUUCCCUGCCCGGCCAUCCCAAGAACAAUUCUCUUGCAGAAAGGACCAACCAGGUGGUAA